AUGGUGCACAUCAAUCGUGUAGCCACCACGAAGGAGGUCAAUGACGAGAAGUCCCAGUUUGAAUCGGCUCCUGAGUCCAAGAUCAAUCUCCACCCAGAUGACGAUGCGGACGACUACACGGCAACGGUGUACGGUAGCCGAUAUGCUGAAGAAGACCUGCCACGCCAUGAGAUGCCCGACAAGGAGAUGCCGCCUUCUGUCGCGUACCGCCUCAUCAAAGAUGACCUCACGCUCGAUGGCACGCCGACGCUCAACCUCGCGUCGUUUGUUACAACUUAUAUGGAAGAAGAAGCCGAGAAGCUCAUGGUAGAUGCCUUCUCCAAGAACUUCAUCGACUACGAGGAAUACCCCGUCUCCGCAGAUAUCCAGAACCGCUGCGUCUCUAUGAUUGCCCGCCUCUUCAAUGCUCCCUCCGAAGACGACAGUAACACUAUCGGUACCUCUACAAUCGGUUCGUCCGAGGCUAUCAUGCUGGGCGUGCUAGCAAUGAAGAAGCUAUGGCAAAAUAAGCGCAAGGCAGAGGGCAAGCCAUUCGAUAAGCCCAACAUGAUCAUGAACUCGGCAGUUCAGGUGUGCUGGGAGAAGGCGUGUCGCUACUUCGACGUCGAGGAGCGAUAUGUAUACUGCACUACCGAGCGCUAUGUCAUCGAUCCCAAGGAGUGCGUUGAUCUGUGUGACGAGAACACUAUCGGCAUUUGCGCCAUCCUUGGGACCACCUACACGGGCGAAUACGAAGACAUCAAGGGCAUCAACGAUCUCUUGAUUGAGCGUAACAUCGAGGUUGAUAUCCAUGUAGACGCUGCAUCUGGUGGUUUCGUCGCUCCCUUCGUCAACCCUGGUCUUCUCUGGGACUUCCGCCUUCCCAAGGUCACGUCAAUCAACGUCUCUGGUCACAAGUACGGAUUAGUGUACCCUGGAGUAGGCUGGGUCGUAUGGCGCGAUCCCAAGUACCUACCCCAGGAGCUUGUCUUCAACAUCAACUAUCUUGGUGCGGACCAGGCAUCCUUCACGCUCAACUUUUCCCGCGGCGCCAGUCAGAUUAUCGGACAGUACUACCAACUUAUUCGCUUAGGCAAGCGUGGAUACAGACGCAUCAUGCUGAACCUCACGCGCACAGCCGACUACCUCUCAGCAAACCUCGAAAACAUGGGCUUCAUCAUCAUGAGCCAGCGAGGUGGCGAAGGCCUGCCCCUCGUCGCUGCAAGAAUUGACGAGGAUCUCGGAAAGCAGUACGACGAAUUCGCCGUUGCCCACCAACUGCGCGAGCGCGGCUGGGUUGUUCCUGCCUACACCAUGGCGCCGCACUCGGAGCAGAUGAAGAUGCUGAGAGUAGUCGUACGCGAGGACUUUACAAAGUCGAGGUGUGACGCGCUAAUUGCGGAUUUCAAACUUGCGCUGCAGACGCUGGAUUCGCUGGAUGCGAAGAAGCUGCAGGAGCAUAAGGAGCAUCAAUUUGCUAUGCGCCGCCGCUCGACGCUCACUACGCCGAUCUUCUCAAAGGGCAAGAAGGCGAACAAUCCGUUUGUGGAUGAGGACCAUAGCUUGCAAGGCAAGACGGGUAAGACACAUGCUGUGUGCUAGACGGUGCUUUUGCUGCAGGAUGAUGGCGGGCAAUGAUGAUCAACGGAACAUGGUACAUAUUAUCAAUUAUGAUGCAAUGCAACCAGGCGACAGAUGUUAGCUCAUCCCGUAGCCUGAAGGUAUACACGG